AUGUUGUUCCAAGGGACGAGUGCUAAGAGAGGAUUUUCAACUCUUCCUACGCUCUUGAGAGAGUGGAGGCUGGUUGAGAGCAGAAGUGUCGCCAAACAACCCGAGUUCAAAAUCGGAGACAAUCGGCCAAUAUACGUGCCUAAACAGCGCAAGACGUUCCCAGAUUACAAGUUUGGCGAGUCACAGAUUUUCAAACAGAGCAACAAAGGUCUUUACGGUGGAUCUUUCGUUCAGUACGGUAACAAUGUUGCGGAAUCGAAAACCAAAACCCGCAGAAGAUGGUUGCCAAAUAUUGUCAGAAAGGGGUUGUGGAGUGAGAGUUUGGAUCGUAACAUCAGCAUACGCAUGACUGCGAAAGUGCUGAGAACCAUCACCAAAGAAGGUGGUAUCGACAACUACUUGACAAAAGACAAGUCUGCGCGAAUCAAGGAACUGGGGCCUACGGGCUGGAAACUGCGCUACCGGGUGCUUCAAAAGCAGCAGCUCCAGGAAAAUCCGCCACAUCAGCACGCAUACGACGUGGACGGCGUGGACGGUGCCAAGCACCGGGUCUACUUCGAGGCCAUUGUGGGAGACGAAACCGUGCGCGUCACAUGCGGGCGUCGCAAGCUCAUGCAGUACUUGUAUCCGCUGCAAAAGCUGGAACACCGUGCGGACGGGCUGGACUUGAGCUACCGACAAUUCCUGGACAAGUAUGCGGACGCCAGUGGUGUUCAGGUGCUGGAAGCGUUGCACGGCCACGGGUUCGAUUUGAAGACCGUGAGCGUGUAA